UUGCUAUUAAAGCCCAAGAUUGACCAAGUUCAUUUGAAGAAAAAGGUUGCAUGAGCCACCUAAAACCCCUGAAAGAAGUCAUUCCCAAUACUCAAGUAUUGUCGCCUGCAAUUCUCAAUUUCUUGAAGCAAACUAGUCUAAAGAAAACCAAGAAACCCCCCUCUCCAUGGAUGAUAAUCCAAGAAAAAGUGCAUCAAGUUCUCAAAUUCCUAUUGUCAUUGCAAGCAGUGAAUGUCUAAUGAAUAAGCUUCCAUCCUGUUUGAUAAUGGACAUACUGUCAAGAUUGCCCAUCACGACCAUCUUGAAUUGCCGGUGUGUUUGCAAGACUUGGCUUCACUACAUCUCAGAUUCUUUCUUUGCCAAACUCCAUCUUGAAAGAUCACCCACCAGCUUGCUAGUCAAAACCAUAUCCAACAAUCCUGAAUCAAGAAGCGUCCAGCUUGUCCAAAUAACUGGAAAGCCUGUUGGUUUGCGCUUCCGUGUUGUUGAAGAAAUGAAGUUUGUUCAGGAAAUCAACCUACCCUAUAAUAAUGAUUUCUUGAUUCAAAACUCUUGUAAUGGGCUUCUUUGCAUUUCUCAAACCUUCCAAGACGGCUCCCAUGAUGACAUUUAUUUGUGCAAUCCAAUUUUGGGGGAGUAUAUCUCCAUUCCACUCGCUGCUGGUCAAGGUACAAGGCAUAAGCGUAGUUUCAGUUUGGGAUACAGUGCCAUUACUAAAGAAUACAAAGUGUUGCACACUUUUUAUUGGAAGAAAGGGCCUGAUUCCCAACCUGAGGCUGAAAUAUACACGAUUGGUACAGGGAAAUGGAGAAGUAUUCACAAAGCUCUUCACAAGCUUGAUAUUUUCAUGUUCGAUAGUUUUGUGUGCGGAUCAAUCCAUUGGGAACUUCGUGGUGAAGACAAUUGUGUGAAUAGUAUAGGUUCUUUUAACUUUGAAAAUGAGCAAUUUAGCCAAUUGUCCUUGCCGCCUCGCUAUGAUGAGGGCGAUGUUACUUUGACAGUUUUUGAAGGUUGUCUGGGCGUGUCUUUCUUCAACACUUGUUGUGAUACUCAAUUUGAAAUAUGGGUUAUGAAGGAGUAUGGGAACAAGCAGUCUUGGACCAAACAGUUUACCGUUACAAACCUAGGUUUUGAAAACCUAUAUGAGCCCUUGAUUUUUUUGAACAGUGGAUUGAUCUUGAUGAUGGACAAUCAUGAAAGCUUUGUUAUUUAUGACACAAGAAGGAAAUUCAUAAAAGUUAUUAGAAUAUGUCAGACUCAGGGAAGCAGAUAUGCAAUUGCAUACAAACCAUCCUUUGUUUCGCUGAACGAUAUAGCAAAAGGAGAACAGCUGAAGAUGUCAAGGAAGCAAGCUGGUAGAGAAGAUGACGAGUCCUCUUCUGAAGGAGCAUAUAACUGCACCAGUCAUGAUCAACUUUCUGAGAGCAUUCCUCCACAACACUCUGCAGAGUUUUUACCUGUUAUUGCAAGUUCAUGAUCAUAAAACAAAUUUCAGCAGGACAAACCGCCAAAGAUGAACUAGCUGAGACUUCGUGGGAAAGUUUCUCUGGAGUUGAGCUGCUUGUUUUUGUUCUAUCAAGAGUCAAGAAAAAUUCCCAACUCGAACGCAUUAGUUGUUUAUGGUACUGCAUGGUAAAUCUUUUUUUUCUUUGUUGUGCGAAAACUUGAUUUCCAUUCCAGUUAUUGGAGCAAUGUUGCUUUUGUAAAGAGCAAAUUCAUGGCUGGAUAAUUGAUGGUAUGUGAUAAUACUUGCUAGUG